GGAUGGUUGCCUGGAUCCGGAUUUUGUGCCUCAGGGGAAACCCAGAGGCCCUCUUGGUCAAUCAACAGCGUGGAAUCGUGUCCCUGAGCCCGGUGUGGAUGCUGGAGGUGUGACUGGAGGUGUAGGUGAUCCAGCUUCCCCUCUGCGAUCCAGGAUGCGUGGGAGUCCGUCAUCUCGCAUGGAAGUGUGGCCAGGGAAGGCGUUGCCAAGUCCUCAGCUCUUUCCUGUGCUGGAGCCCCGCUGGAAUCCCAGGGGUCCGGAAAGAGGAAAGGAUACAUCUAGAAGAGGGAAAUACUCCCCGAGGUCAUCUCCUGGGCUAAAGGAACUCCUGAAGGAAAUGGAGAAGGCAGCGCGUGGAAGUGACCAACCAUCUGCACAGGACACGCUGCGGUUUGGCAGCCAUCCCACACUGCCAGUCUCGGCCAGAGGAGCACAGACAGCGCCGACAACUGGCAUGCCAGGGGUGGAUGCUGGGAAAAACACAAGGGCUGUGCUUCAGGAGUUUCUGCAGGUGCACUUCACCCUAGUGAUCGCAGUGCUUGUAACUGUGCUGCUGUCUGGGCUGGUGAUGACCUGUAUUGCUGUGUCGUGGAUGUGGCACAAAUAUCCAGUGUGCAAGAGGGCAGAGACAGCUCCAGGACAAGCUCAUCCUGAGAGUGACCGGGAGAGAGGCCAAUCUGGAGGUGAAGGCAGAGCGGAGCUGGGAGAGGCAACAGAAGAUGCCGUAGUUGCCCAAGAAAAGAAGAAUGUGUCCAGCGGAUCCAGCCCGUUCCCCUCCUCCUUUGAAGCGGAGUUUGAACAGCUGUGCAGCAAAAUCAGCACAGACCCUUCCCUUUGGCCCACGUGUACCAGCAGCUCUCCCACGGACGGCAUCUCUUCCCCAGAUGCUCGCGGUUCUCGGGGUUCCCCAUAGCCAUCUAGUGCUCCGGUUACCUGUGUCAGCAGGGCUGGGGUCCCCUGGAAGACCCCGCUUUGUGAGUAAUAAAGACACCCUGUGCAAAAGCA